AUGAGAGUUCCAUGUGGGCUACUAAGGACACAACCAGCAGACCGAAGCGCAGCGGGGGCAAUGGACAAAGGCAAAAAGGGAAAGCUCCUCUUUGCACAUUUGAGCAAAAGGCCAUAUAUCAGCUCGGCAGAGGAAAUCACCAAGGCAAAAAGCUGCACCGUCAAAAAGAAUAAACUGAAAAAUAUAUACGUAGACUUCUCCCUGAAUAAAUACAUCAACAUAAAUAGCCUGAACGUAACCAAAUUUAUUAAAACGCCCAUACAUUACCAGACGUUUAGGGAGCUGGUCGACACGAUAAAGAGCGUCAGCAAUGUGAGGCUGCAAAAUGUGCACUUGGUGAGGAAAAUUGUGAAUUCUCUGGGGGUGUACGUGACGAAUUAUUUGAGCAAUGUGAACCAUGCGAGCCAAUUGAACCAAUUGAACCAGUUGACUAGUUUAACCCCGCCGAAUGGGGAAGACAACCCUUACGACAUAGAAAACUGCGACGAGGACGAAAAUGCAAUCACGCCAAACAGCAUCGUUACCAUUCUGGUUAGUCUAUACAAGCUGAAGUAUCGAAACGAGAAAUUUUUGCAACUGCUGGAAAGGCUCAUAUUUGUGAAGAAGGACAAGUUUAAAUUUUCCCAGCUGAAUUUAACCCUCUACAUUUACGCCCAUUUCAACAGAGUAAAUAAAACAUUCAUAAAUUCCCUACUAGUGACUAUUUUGGACAAUGAAAAGAUGCUAAAUGCGGAUAACAUUUUGAGCAUUUUCACGUCCCUAUUUUAUUUAAACUGUAAGAAUGAGAAGACGAUAGAUCGUUUGGCAAAUUAUAUAAUUUCGAAUCAUCUACAUUUCGACAUCAGUGUUAUUAUUUUUCUUCUGAACAAUUUGAGGAAGCUUAACUAUUUGAAUGCUCCUCUUAUGGAAUAUUUCCACGAUCAGAUUGUCCUCAAAUUGUGCUUCCUCCCUCCAGGAGGGGCAGAAAAGGGGAAGAAGUUCGUCGACCCGUUCUUUUUAAAGAGAAAGAUUCAGCACAUUAUUGAUGAGGAGAAUCGUCAACAGAGGGGGUACACACCUGGUGCAUGCAUCUGGGGUGACUCCCAAGAGGGGAACCCUCACCAUAUGCCUCAUGUGCAGGAUGAAAAAAAGGGAGAAGUCACAUCGGGUUACUACCCACACAGGGGAGACGCAGAUCUAAAUUACAACCUGUGUGAAGAAGACAUAAACAGCACAUACGGGUCACUACACAAUAAAUACAUUGUGGAAAAUAACUACGUAGAUUAUAUUUACGAGUAUUAUAAUGAGAAAGAUCUGGAAGAGAGAAAUAAAAGCAAAUUGGACAUCCUCAUGGAGGUACUCAUAUACAAUAGACACUUCAAGGAAGAUUUGCUGACCGUUUUGUAUGAAUAUCUUCUGAACAAUUUGAAAAUCUUUAUGAGUCAAAAUGAUAGUGACAUGUGCCGAAUUUUAUCCAACAUGUAUUAUUUUCAAAUAAAUGAAUUCCCAAACGUUCUUUUGUUAAAUAAAAAAAUGCUGCUAAGUAUGUGUCACUAUUAUGUACCCUUUUAUAAAAGGACCAACAUAAUGAUUUUCCUCUACUUAAAAUUGCUGCUGGAAAGGCACAACUAUUUUGACGUGUUUAUAGAUACCAUAUUGCAGAAGAAAAUACAAACGGAUUUGCUCACUUUGGAGGGGAGACAAUUCUUAAAUCUGCUCAAUGAGUGCAAAAGUUAUAGUGUAAGCAAAUACCUUUGCGACAUUUCUUUGGUGUAUUUUGACUUCUUUACUGUGAAGGACUCACCGCAUGGGGUAGAAGCAGUGGGGGGAACAGCAGACAUAUUGCAAGGGGGGUACCACCAUGAAUCCUCCCCCCAGGGGAUCGCCACCCACAGGGAUGAACACAAAAAGGGAUGCAUAACACUCCAGUUUAACGAAAAAAACAAGCUAAGCUCCUACGACGGGCAAUUUUUAUUACACCUUUUUUACUUCUACAUUCAGAUGAGGUACUACCAAGGGAUAUUCCUAUUUCUUAAGAGCUUAUUUUCCGGGGUGAGAGAUUUCAAGAAAUUCGACCCAUAUGUGUACUACAAAAUUAAUAACCACUCUGCCGAUUUUGUCGUGAGGAGUGAAAUCCAGGAGGUGCAGAGGCCCGAUGUGUACGUCAGGCUCAAUGCAAUUCAGGUGAUUCACCUGUACGAGUAUUUUAAAAGCGCCUUUGAGUCAAAUGAGGAUUUUAUCACCCAGCAAGGUAACGUGAUAAAUGCGAACCAUGGAAAGGCGCUUUAUCACCACUACUACGCAUUCGGGGGGGAUAAUUCUGGUGAGAGCAUCGUGGGGGACGUUGCUACCCCCUUGGCAGUUAAAACGAAACAGUGUAAGCAGCAUUUUCCUUGUGAAAAUAAGACGAAAGCUGGUCCAGUCAGCAAAUAUUUAUUCACCGAAUGGAAAGUUAACUACAUUAGUGGGAGUAGCCCCACUGCUACUUCCAAAUGGGAGUCGAACCGGACGGUUGGGAAUGUCCUCGGCGGGGGAGUCCCUUUAGAGAAGAAGAAAAACAGCUCGAAGUUGCCAAAAAGUGGAGCAUUAAAAAAUGGACAUGUCAACGAGAAGGGAAAUAUCGUCCAAGAUAUGACUAUCCACUUUGAGAGAAGCACCUUCCACGUAGACAGCCACGUUUACAACGUCCUGAGCAACAUCUUCUUGUACACCCCCGUGGACCUGCUCGCGUUACACAUCCACCACUUCAAUUCGAAGAAUAUUUUUUUUUUACUGCAGAACAUAAUUUUUAAAUUGAACUGGCUCAACGUUCAGUACCUCUCCCUGGUAGUUGCAAAGAUUUUUACCCGAAUGAGUGAAGAAACUUGUCGCGAAACGAAGAAGGAUUAUUUCGUCUUUCUCGAUUUCUUCCAUGAGUACUUACUGGGGGAGGAAGGAGCUAGCCAAAAGUUUUCCUAUCAGUCGAAGCGGACAAGGGGCUCACAAAAUGUUAGUUAUCUAGAUGGGGGGGACAAAAGACUGCUUAUAAGUAGGAUUCACCAAAAUUGCAUAACCACAUGGAGAGACCAAGAUAAGGUGAAAAAACGCAUCGCAUAUAUAUUGUGCAAAAAUAAGGGUUACUCUAGGUAUGUAAAUAAUGACGUUAUCUUUGACGAGAAAUUUCUGCCCCUCCUUGUUCAGCUGGUUUUAAGAAAAAAAACAAUUUCCCCCCCUUGUUCCUACUACGACAUGUCGAAUGACAGUUUGCUCCUCAUAUUGAAGUCUCUACGAACGAGGAAGAACAACCCAAAGUACAUGCAGAGCGUGGACGUAAUAACAAACAUUUUUCUCUUUAGGUAUAUUCAGUACAAGUACAGAGAGGAGGCGAAGGGGGACGAUUUGUCCCAAAGGGGUGCAUCUGAAAGUGGGCUGUGCCUGAGUUUGGACUUGGACGUGAAUUCUUACAUAAAAUUGGAAGGCAAUUUGGACGGCACUGUGGUCUCCAAUUUGUCCCAAGGCGGGGCCCACGGAGGGGGAACGCCCGCCCAGCAGAACGACCAACGUGGACGCAGAACACAUAACAUUGCUGUGCAGCGAAAAGGGGAAAGUCAGCGUGGUGUGAGCGUUACGAGUGCACCGGGGGAUGACACCCAAACGGGGGCCCCCAAUUCCCGUAGCUCAACGGACGAGGGCAACAUACAUGGGGAAAAUCAAAUGACGAAGAAAAAGGAUGCGCUCAGAAGAUACAUACGAAUAUAUUAUACAAUUGUGAAGGUUCGAUAUUUUCACGAAAUGUCUAUCAAUAAACACAUAUUUCGUGAAUUGUGCUUAAACAGAGAACACAUCGAUAAUGCCAUCUUUUUGAACUUGCUUUUUUUUAUAUACAAAUACAAGUUUGACGAAAUGAGGUACAUCCUCCUGCUGCAGAAAAAAUGCGCCCUGUAUAAGGACUUAUAUUACACGCAUUCCAAUUGUAGGAUAAUGGAAUUCCUUUGUAAAAAAUUGAAAAUUCAUUUGGACGAUAGCGUCAGGACUAUCCCAACGAAGCAGACGUCUUAUGAUUAUGAAAAUGUAUAG